GCGUGCUUUAUUGACGUUACCUCAGAGACGGACAGUCAAUGGAGUCAAACGGUCAAGCCAAACGAGGCCAUAACAGGUUUAAAGAGGAUUUUUACUCAAAAUAGUGCAUCGAACGCAGAGAAAUGCUAUUUAGACAGCCAUGACCGCGUGGGAGUAGUUUUAUGCUUAAUACUUGGCUCGUUUGUGGCUUACGCGCUGUAUCAACACAAAGGCCUAUGUAGCUAGUUAGCUAGCAAGAGAUUUAACGCCAAAAACUCCAUUGCAGCAAAUUAUCAGGAGUGUCAUUUAAUGUUUUAUUUAUAACACAGUUAACUCCAUCUACCAAGAAGACAGGGCCUCACCUUAUUGUCACGGUCUGUGACAAUGGCGGAACAGAGUGCAGUGGUCACGCAGCAGAAUCUGGACAGGAGCUGCUGGGUGUGCUUUGCCACAGACGAAGACGACCGCACGGCGGAGUGGGUGCGACCGUGUCGAUGCCGUGGCUCAACCAAGUGGGUUCAUCAGGCCUGCCUGCAGCGCUGGGUGGAUGAGAAGCAGCGGGGCAACAGCACGGCGCGCGUGGCCUGUCCACAGUGCAAUGCAGAAUACCUCAUUGUCUUUCCCAAACUAGGUCCCGUGGUUUACGUGCUAGACCUAGCUGACAGGCUCAUCUCGAAGGCCGGCCCGUUUGCUGCAGCCGGCAUCAUGGUGGGCUCCAUCUAUUGGACUGCUGUCACCUACGGAGCCGUCACUGUCAUGCAGGUGGUGGGCCAUAAGGAAGGUCUGGAUGUCAUGGAGCGGGCCGACCCUCUGUUCUUGCUCAUUGGGCUACCCACCAUCCCCGUCAUGCUGAUCCUUGGUAAGAUGAUCCGCUGGGAAGACUAUGUCCUGCGUCUGUGGAGGAAGUACUCCAACAAAUUGCAGAUCCUCAACAUCAUCUUCCCAGGGAUCGGCUGCCCAGUUCCUCGCAUCCCCGCAGAGGCCAGUCCUCUGGCCGACCACGUUUCCGCCACACGGAUCCUGUGCGGCGCUCUGGUCUUCCCCACCAUCGCCACAAUCGUGGGGAAGCUCAUGUUCAGCAGCGUCAACUCCAACCUGCAGAGAACCAUCCUGGGAGGCAUCGCCUUCGUGGCCAUCAAAGGGGCGUUUAAGGUUUACUUCAAACAGCAGCAGUACCUGAGGCAAGCCCACCGCAAGAUCCUCAACUUCCCCGAGCAGGAAGAAGCCUGAGGAAGACCACGUGGCCCAGAGAGAGGAUGUUACGACUGAUAGGAGAAAUUAACCAUCUUAAACAUAACACACUGACCACAGAUCAGAAGUUAACAGAGGUGUAUGCUUUAGACUCUGUAUUUAAGUUUUUAUUCUUUCAUAAGCCUUGGCAGUGUUGACGUUCAUUCAGCCUGGAGCUUUGCCUUCGUUUUGACGGAACGCUCCUAUGUGAUGCCUCGUCGUCCAUCUCAGCCCUACGUUUGGUCGAGCCCACCUCCGCCAGAUGCUCCGCCACGUUUUUUUUUUUUUUAUUUUAAAAAGAAAGCUGCACUUUCUGCUGGGAGGGGUGAAAACUGACACCAGACAAACUUUUCUUUUUGGACAUUUUCUGUUGGUAACUGCAGUUCUUCUCCCAACCCGCCAGCUGGAUUUGCCUGAAUGUGAACUUCAGGCCGGUUCUGCAGCAUUUAACGCCACUGGAAACCCUCUCAUUGAAGCUGUAGAUACUUGGCUGAAACUAAUGGAAAGUAAAGGGUCAGUUCACCCAAAACAAGCUAGUUUUUUUUAUUAUUUGCCAUCACAUGAUUCUGAAGUCAACUGGGAUUAAAUUUCACUGUAGGAAUUACAGCCUCUAACUUGUGUCAUUUGGUAAAAUUUCGUCAGUGUCCCACAACUAAAAAGGGCAUCGGUAAAAUGCUGUUCUAACCAAUUAAUGUUUGAGUGGAAAUGUCUAAAUCUGGAAACUCUUGAAGGCAGGUGUGACAAUGAUGUAAUCUGAGUUAAAUGACCCCAAAACAUAGAUUAGUUAGAGCACAGUGUGAUUUCUGUUAUAAUUAGCUCAGAUGACCGCAGCCUCCCACUAUGCUCACUUUCAAGCCUCCAUGCCAAAAGAGACGAAGUGAACUGUGUUGUAAACAUGUUGCUUCUGCCAUCGGACUUCUGUAGUACCAGUUCUGUGAAUAAAUGUAUUUUUUCAAACA